UAUUGGCCGAGCCAAGUUGUAAACGACACCCCCCGUGCAGUUGUUGGUAACCAAAACGACCCCACCCCUCUUCUCUCUCACACGCAUUACAUAUCAGGGUCUCAACCCUCGCCCUUGCGCUCCUCUUCCCUGACCAUUUCUUCUUCUUAUCGCCUCCUCCGUUGACCUGUCACUUCCCAUCCUCCGAACCUAAAAUCUCCGAUUCAAACUUUCAGAUCCGCCAACUUCAACCUUCGUUCACGCAACUUCAAGAUCUCGUUGAAUCUCCACCGGCAACUCACGAUUUGCAGCUCUUUCCGCUGAAAUCCCCUUCAGAUCUGGGUUUGUCUUCCAUUUUCAUCGAUCUGUUAGGGUUUUCUAGUUGGACAUGUCGAUUUUACCGAAAGGCGAUUCGGUUCAAAUCAGGGAGGUAUGGAACGAUAACCUAGAGGAGGAGUUCGCUUUGAUCCGUGAAAUCGUUGACGAAUACAACUAUGUCGCCAUGGAUACAGAGUUCCCCGGUGUUGUUCUUCGUCCCGUUGGGAACUUCAAGAAUAUCAAUGACUACAACUACCAGACCUUGAAGGACAACGUUGACAUGUUGAAGCUGAUCCAAUUAGGUCUCACUUUCUCUGACGAGCACGGCAACCUCCCCACCUGUGGCACUGAGAGCUCCUGCAUCUGGCAAUUCAACUUCCGUGAGUUCAACAUCAGCGAGGACAUCUUCGCCAGCGAUUCGAUCGAGCUUCUGCGCCAAUGUGGCAUUGAUUUCAAGAAGAACAACGAAAAAGGUAUUGAUGUGAACCGGUUCGGGGAGCUUCUCAUGUCAUCGGGGAUCGUGUUGAACGAUAGUGUGAGUUGGGUAACCUUCCAUAGCGGUUACGACUUCGGUUACCUCCUCAAGCUGUUGACGUGCCGAAGCUUGCCGGAUACGCAGGCAGGGUUCUUUGAACUGAUCAAGAUGUAUUUCCCGAUGUUGUAUGAUAUCAAGCAUUUGAUGAAGUUCUGCAACAGUCUCCAUGGUGGGUUGAACAAGCUCGCGGAGUUGUUGGAUGUUGAGAGAGUUGGUGUGUGCCAUCAAGCUGGAUCGGAUAGCUUACUCACUUCUUGUACAUUUAGAAAGUUGAGGGAUACAUUUUUCAGUGGCUCCACAGAGAAAUAUGCUGGUGUCUUGUAUGGUUUAGGUGUUGAGAAUGGACAAACUAAUUGAAAGAAAGAAAUUAUAAUUGGUUGUAGAGUAAGAAGAGUAAGUCUAAGUGUGAGUCCUUUUUUUUUUCUCUCUUUUUCUUUCUUACUUGUGUACACUUUCUGCCAAAAAGAAUGGUUGUUGUUUACCUGUAACAUUUCUCAUCCUUGUUUGGAACUGUAACUGAAAAAAACCUUAGCUGGUUUUGUUAGCCCUUUGAGUUCUUUGUAAAUCACUUAAGUUUAGUCCUUCAAUAAUAAUUUAUGAUGAUGAUUCCUUUUA